AUGUGCGAAGGUUCCGGCUCCACCCUAACCGGACCCGCUCUGCAGUGGUAUAUCAACUUACCCUCCAUGUCCAUAGCCUCCUUCGCGGUUCUCAGCGACAAAUUCGUGGAGCAAUUCGCCAGUAGCAGGGACCUGGAGAAAACCUCCGACAGCCUCUACAAAAUCCUCCAGCCCCGAGCAGAACCCCUACGAGGCUACAUAGCCCGAUUCAAUCAAGAGAAGGUGGCUAUUCCCGAAUGCAGAAUCCCCACUGCUAUCUCCGCUUUCAUGAGAGGUCUGCUCCCCGACGGAGACCUCUACAAGGAGCUGACAAAAUAUCAGUGCAAAACCAUGGAAGAUGUCCUAUCUCGAGCCUGGCCGCAGGUCAAAUGGGAGGAAGACGUCGCCAGCCGGGCCAAAGCACAGCAAAAGCCAGAUCCCAAGACGAUCAGACCAGACCGAACCAAGCUAGACGAGAAACCUUCUCAAAGAUCAGCUUGGGACUCCGGAAAUCGAAACCGGGGCAGGUACCAGAACCGGCCGAUCGAGAAGGCAGAAGGGAUGGCAGUGUCCACGUUGCCAGACAUCUCUCACCUCUCCGUCUCAAGGCCGGAGCUGGUCAAUGUUCUGAGCCAGAUGGGCCAGCAGGUCAAGUGGCCUCAGAAGAUGAAAGCUCCUGACUCUUUCCGGAACCCUGGCUUCUGGUGCGACUUCCAUCGAGACCACGAUCACAAAACGGAGGACUGCAUCACACUAAAGAUCGAGGUCAACGAGCUGCUUAGGAAAGGGCACCUCAGAGAGUUCCUUUCCGAUAAGGCCAAGAGCCAUCUAAGCAAGGAGACAACGGGUAAGCCCACUGAAGCUGCUAUGGUCUCGCCACCGCGACAUGACCGAGUGAUACAUGUCAUUUUGGGUGGUUCAGAAAUUAGCGGCAUAAGCCAUGCAUCUGCAAAGAAAAGCACUUGGAACGCCAAGCACGGCUAG